AUCUGCUAAAUGCACAGCCAUGCCGAUCGACUAUUCAAAGUUUGACAAUAUUGGCGAUUCAGAUGAAGAGCCGCAACCCUCGGGUGUUGCUGGAGUCGGAGCGGCAAACAGAAUUGGGAGGAAUGGAAGAGAAGUGCUCGAAGCGGGAGGCCUCGAAGAGAAGUUCACGAUGCUUCCAGGAAACCACGCUCCGGGAGCCGGCUAUCCGGGCCAUCCGGGCCAUCGGGACUCGCCUGAGAUGACAGCGCUGGCAGCUGAGCUGGAGCGAUUGGCAGGGCCUGGCGGCCCUGGCGGCAAAGGUAUGGCUACGCAGGAGCCGCCCAAGCCAGGAGAACCGCAGCGGGUUUGCAUGAAGUCCGAUGGCAGGAAGAAGAUCCAUACAACCUUUCCAGAUGGUGGGGAGAUGGUGGAGGAGUACGACGACAAGACGGAUGUCUUGAUGGUCAGAAAGGUGCGAAAACCAACGAAGGUGGGAAAGGAAGGCGAUUGGGUAUUCGAAGUUGGACAGGCAACAGAAGCUGCAUUUGACCCAUACUCGGACGUCAUGCGCGCUUCGACGAGCAAUCCAAUUUUCCUGCGAAAGGAUACGCCAGAACAUUUUCAGUGGCGAAUCCGAAAUCUCCCAUAUCCAGCUGACGUGUACAGUGUGUUGGUGGAUCAUGAGAAACAGGAGAUUGUCGUGAAAACAUCCAACAAGAAGUACUACAAGAGGAUUCAAGUCCCAGACUUGUUGCGCUAUGACUUGAAGUUCCAGGAUGAACUCCUCUCCUGGAAGCACCAGCAUAGCACCCUCAUCAUUUCGUACAGAAAGCCUCCAAAGAUCGUGGCGGGUGAACAGGAAGCCCUUCGUGAUGCAGAAAAGUCUGCAAUGAAGAUGUGAUUCGGCACUGAGACUAUAUAUUGCAUGACAAACAAAACAUGGUUCACACAAAGCGGCUGAAUGCGGCUGGUUUGUCAGCAAAUUGUUGGGC